AGGAGUGAAAACAUGACAGACAAUGUCAAUGUCAAGUUAAUAUUAUCAACAAUGAUUACAAUGAAAUGAUUUAUUGAAAUUAUAAGUUUUUUAAUAUGUUUUUAAUGUAGUAUAUUAAAUUUAUAACGUGUCGUUUACAUACAUUUAUAUCAAAAUAACAGACACAGGUACACCAUACAAUACAGUAAUGGUAAAUUAUUAAACAAAAAUAGGAGACCAAGAUUUUAUUCUAGGACAAAAUGCUUAUGAAAUUGGAGUUUAUAAAAAAUAAACAGUUGAGAAGGCUGGCAGAACAUACCUUUUAUAUCGCCAUUACUUUAAUACUUAUACCAUCAUUCCUUUACUUCGAACUAUGCAUUGUAUUACCAACAAUAGUGGAGCAGUGGAGCUUUGCGUUCUAUUGUCAUAUAGCCUGUGCAACGUUUCUGUUACUUAAUAUCAUGGGCAAUAUGAUCUAUGGGAUGUUUACAAAUACUACAAUAAGAGGUAGAAACCUUGAAGGAUUCAAUAAGGCGGACUGGACAUUUUGUAGUGUGUGUGAAUGUUUGAGACCACCGCGAGCUUGGCACUGUGACACAUGUGAUAUCUGUACUUUAAAAAGAGACCACCACUGCACAUUUUUCGCAUGUUGCAUAGGGUACUUUAAUCAUAGAUAUUUUAUGCUAUUCACUUUUUAUAUCUUUGUAGCUAUGUUAUACUCUUUAUUUUACAAUAUAAAAUUUGUAUCUGAAUUCAUAACAUGGAACCAUGGACUGAUAUUGGUUAAAUUUAUCUGUCCACUAGCUAGUAUUGUUAUUGACUUUGGAGAUGAAAGUCUUUAUGUUUUCUUGGUAGUCAUAAAUGUGUUAGUUGGCCUUUUCACUGGAUUUUUAUUCAUAUACCAUUUCAAUAACUUACUUAAAGGAAGAUUGGUUUAUGAAAGUAAAACUUAUACCAAAGAUUUUAUCCAUAACAGGGGUUGGAAGCUAAAUUUGACAGAAGUUUUUGGGGAGAGAUGGUAUCUGACUUGGAUUUCUCCCUUCAUCCAUAGUAAAUUACCAGGUAAUGGCAUUGAAUGGAAUGUAGAAGAUAAGUACAAAUUGUAUUAAUGAGCUUUCUAAGGAAGUAGAUUUAUACAACACUGAAUUACAUGCCACUAUAAUUAUGUUAUAUACUGCAUAGCAGGAAAUCAACGAAAGAUUCAGUAAUUAUAAGAAUAUGAUCUGAAGUUUUUGGAAAACUAUUUGCAUUUGUUUUGUUUCCAAAUUAUUGUUUUACCUAUUCAUCAUCAGAUAAGGCAAUCAUGUUAUUGUAGUACUCAAUAUGAUGAGUCAUUAACAACAAGGUACUUAAUGUCAUUGAUCAUGAACAAUAUAUGUAAUAUGUGAUUAUAUUGGUGCCAUUAAAAAUAUCUAAUGAGAUUAUACUCAUAUAUUUUAUUAACAUGUAAUAAUAAUUGCCUUACAAAGUGAUAUGCAAAACUAAGAUAGGAAUAAAAUAGUAUUAUUAUACACAAGUAAAAUAUUUUACAAAAGCACAAAUGGUUGUUAUACCAACUAAAUGUUAUAUUUGUACUUAUUAAAGUCUACUUAAAAUUAAUAUACUUAUAUUAAAUGUAUAACAGCAUUUACAACAUUUUAGAAUAAUAAUAAAUGAGACUUGUUGUUCAUUGUAUAAUAUAUUUAAUUCACCAGUGUAAAGUGUGGCAAUAAAGAUUUUACACAUUGA